AUGGAUUUGUAUAGCGCAACAUAUAUUGAGAAAGAAGCAGACUCUGAGCCAGUGCGCUUUGGUCCAUUUGGGUGCUGGCGACUCAACUUGCUGAAUGCAGCUUCGCAGUCUAACCCAAGAGGCUUGGGGCGGCUUUCUGUCAGGCAUUGCAACCACUCGCGCUGGCUCAAUGGGUUGAUUUUAUACUGCCACAGUGUUGCAGCGUUGCCCUGCUUGCAUGGGGCGGUACCCCUUGGGGCAGACAUGGCCCGACGACCUUCUGGCAGCAACAUUGACUGUGCUUGCCUGGAGCCACGCUCCCCAAAGUCAGGUUUUUGGCAUCCACCAAAGGUCUAUGAAGGCAAUUGCUGCUUUUCAGCAGGCACUAGCCGUGUCACGGUGCGGCUUUCUUUGUUGGCAUUGUGCCGAGCUAGACGGGCGCAAGCGCGCAAUUGCAACAGCACGCAUGCUGAGCUAUUUGACAGUGGCUUUGCACGGAAGGUCAAAAGUGGCUACAGCGAGCCAGCUCCCCUACCAAAGAAGGCACGAAUAGAUUGA